AUGAAUUACACUGUAAAUAAUUUAGGAAAUACACAAAGAAAUUCCAUGCAACUUAAAGAUUCUGAUAACGAUUUAUAUAAAAAUGUCAAUUUUGAUAACAUCAAUACUGAUUCAUUAAAUUUAAUUUCAAAGAGAACUACUCCAAUAAGAUCCAAAUCUCGUUUAUUGAAUAAAUUAAUCAAUAAAAGGAAACGUGAAACCAUGCAGUUACGUAAUCCUAGAAAGAAAACUAAUAAUAAAACAAAAACUGGUCAUUCAGAUUUCUUGGGUGUGGAUUCGAAUAUGUACGAUACUCAUAAUUCAGAGAACCAUACAAUUACUACUGAUAUAUUACCUCCAGUUACAGAUGAAGAAUUACAAGAGUUACGUUUAAAUAUUAAUCAGCGUGAAAGACAAAGAAUGCAUGAUUUAAAUUUAGCCAUGGAUGGAUUGAGGUCUGUGUUACCAUACACACAAAAUUCAUCUAUGAGAAAAUUAUCUAAGAUUGCAACAUUAUUGUUGGCAAGGAAUUACAUCCUUCUUCUUACAAAAAGCUUAAAUGAACUACAAGAAAAGUUAGAUAUUCUAUCGAAAAGCCCUUCAGUAUGUCAAUAUGAAUCCAUAAAACCAACUAAUCCUACUGAAUAUCCAAAGCCAACUGUUUCUACUGAUUCAAUAAAAUAUUUACCGAUAGUAUCUUCAGUAAACUCCUCACUAUUUUCAUUAUCAUCACCAAUCCUCUCGUCAUCAGUAGCAAAAUCAACUACUUUGUCGCCUUGUUCUUCAACUUCAUUCAUUUAUCCAACAUCAACUAUUUCAAUGUUACAGUCAGUAACCAAUUCAUCUUUGUUUGUACCAUCUAGGAAUCAUCAGUACAGACACAAAAGUGAUGAACAAACUGGUCAGAUUUCUAUGCCUAUACAAGAUGAUAAUGAUAAAAUUAAUAUUGUAUCCAGCAAUUCUAUUUAUUCAUCACUAAAACCAUUAUUUUCAUUUCUUGAUCCUAAUUUAAUGAAUAAUUUAAUAAAUGAUUAUUCUUAUAAUAAAAACAAUACCAUUCUCUUUGAUAAUCAUCUUAGUAACAAUCCAUGUAGCAACAAUCAUAAUGAUUUAAUACUUGACAAUCAAAGUACACAUUUCAAGCAUUUUGAUUCACCUUCUCAUACUAUUUUAUCUAAUUAUUUAUCUAUAGAAAAAUUCAUUCCAUUCAAUACAAUGAAUAAUCACUUAAUAGAUCCUCAAUUAAAUUCAAUAUUUAGAUUAAAUUUUAUACCUUCAUCAAGUAUUUACUCAUCAUCUCAACAUACUAUAUAA